CGCCUGUCGAAGUGUUGCGAUGUGAGCGAAGCGGACGCUAGUGCAAAUUUGGUGCUUAGUGAAUCAGUGAAACCAGACAGCUGCUGUCAUUUCAAAUUGGAGAACUGCUGAACAAAAAUCGAAAUAAAAACAUUGUAAAACUACGAGAAAUUGCUCUGUGAUAUCAAUGUCAGAGUUACACUAAAAGUUCAUUUAAAGACGACCUGUCCCUUUAACUGCAGCAGCUUAAACUGUAUCACAGGAAACUGUUAUUUUGUAUAAGGGGAAGUAUUGCAACAUUCCAGUCCCUCCCACAUGGACAUGUUCUAUACACGAGAUACGAGAAAUCCAUUAACUCCCUCCUCCUGUGUCCCUGACAUUCCCAUUCCUUCACUCACAUCUCCAGCCUCAUCUACUGGGUUUUACCCCAAGUGAAAAUAUUACAGUUUAGAGGAGAAACAGUUCCAAUGGAGAGCUCAGCAGUUGUACCUACUGAUGGAGGUAUCCACUCCAAGGAAACAGAGAGGCCGAUCUCUGAAAUACCCACUGAGUUAAAAGAAGAGAACACCCAUAGUUCAGUAGCCAGUGGUCUCUCCUAUAAAGAGAAUGCGUCAAAAAUUCCCUCACACAAAAGGAACCAAAUGCUGAUCCAUCAGAGAAAUGACACGGAUUCAUCCGAGAAUUUACAUAAAGAUUCUAAGGAAAAUACUUUUCAAAAUAGUAACUUUGCCUCAGGCCAGGAUUUCCACAAAGGAAACAAAAUCUUCAGUUGUACAGAAUCUGGUAAAGAUCUUACACACCAGACAAUCCAAGGAGGGCAGAAACCUUUCUCAUACAGCCACACAGGAGAGAAACCUUUCUCUUGUACAGAAUGUGGGAAAAAAUUCUCUGAAAAGUCCAGCCUUCACACACACCAUAAAAUCCACACAGGAGAGAAACCUUUCUCUUGUACAGAAUGUGGGAAAAAAUUCUCUGGAAAGUCCAGCCUUCGCAAACACCAUAAAAUCCACACAGGAGAGAAACCUUUCUCUUGUACAGAAUGUGGGAAAAAAUUCUCUGAAAAGUCCAGCCUUCACACACACCAUAAAAUCCACACAGGAGAGAAACCUUUCUCUUGUACAGAAUGUGGGAAAAAAUUCUCUGGAAAGUCCAGCCUUCGCAAACACCAUAAAAUCCACACAGGAGAGAAACCUUUCUCUUGUACAGAAUGUGGGAAAAAAUUCUUUUAUAAGUGCAACCUUUACUCACACCAUAAAAUCCACACAGGAGAGAAACCUUUCUCUUGUACAGAAUGUGGGAAAAAAUUCUCUGAAAAGUCCAACCUUUACACACACUAUAAAAUCCACACUGGAGAGAAACCUUUCUCUUGUACAGAAUGUGGGAAAAAAUUCUCUGAAAAGUCCAGCCUUUACACACACCAUAAAAUCCACACAGGAGAGAAACCUUUCUCUUGUACAGAAUGUGGGAAAAAAAUCUCUGAAAAGUCCAACCUUUACACACACUAUAAAAUCCACACAGGAGAGAAACCUUUCUCUUGUACAGAAUGUGGGAAAAAAUUCUCUGAAAAGUCCAGCCUUUACACACACCGUAAAAUCCACACAGGAGAGAAACCUUUCUCUUGUACAGAAUGUGGGAAAAAAUUCUCUUAUAAGGCCACUCUUUGCAGUCAUUUUAAAAUCCACACAGGAGAGAAACCUUUCUCUUGUACAGAAUGUGGGAGGAAAUUUUCUCAUGAGUCCAGCCUUUGCAGACAUUAUAAAAUCCACACAGAAGAGAAACCUUUCUCUUGUACAGAAUGUGGGAAAAAAUUCUCUUAUAAGUCCAACCUUUGCAGUCAUUAUAAAAUCCACACAGGAGAGAAACCUUUCUCUUGUACAGAAUGUGGGAAAGAAUACUCUAAUGAGUCCAGCCUUCACUCACACCAUAAAAUCCACACAGGGGAAAAAUAUUUCUCUUGUACAGAAUGUGGGAAAGAAUUCUCUCGAAAAAUUCACCUUGAAACACAUCAUAAAAUCCACACAGGAGAGAAACCUUUCUCUUGUACAGAAUGUCAGAAAGAAUUCUCUCGAAAAGGCCACCUUGAAAGACACCAGAAAAUCCACACAGGAAAGAAAUGUUUCUCUUGUACAGAAUGUGGGAAGGAAUUCUAUCAAAAAAGCAACCUCCACCAACACUAUAAAAUCCACACAGGAGAGAAACCUUUCUCUUGUACAGAAUGUGGGAAAGAAUUCUCUCAUAUGUUCAGCCUUCGCAAACACCAUAAAAUCCACACAGGGGAGAAACCUUUCUCUUGUACAGAAUGUGGGAAAAAAUUCUCUGAUAAGUCCAGCCUUCACAAUCACCAUAAAAUCCACACAGGGGAGAAACCUUUCACUUGUACAGAAUGUGGGAAAGAAUUCUCUCAUAUAUUCAGCCUUCGCGAACACCAUAAAAUCCACACAGGGGAGAAACGUUUCACUUGUACAGAAUGUGGGAAAGAAUUCUGUGAUAAGUCCAGCCUUCACAAUCACCAAAGACUUCACACAUGUGUGGAACUUUUCUCUUGUACAGAAUGUGGGAAAAAAUUCUCUUUCAAGUCAAGCCUUCGCAGACACCAGAAAAUCCACACAGGAGAGAAACCUUUCUCUUGUACAGAAUGUGGGAAAGAAUUCACUGAAAAGGCCAACCUUUACAAACACCAUAAAAUCCACACAGGAGAGAAACCUUUCUCUUGUACAGAAUGUGGGAAAGCAUUCUCUCAAAAAAGUCACCUUCGUACACACCAUAAAAUCCACACAGGGGUGAAACCUUUCUCUUGUACAGAAUGUGAAUAAGAAUUCUUUGAUAAGUCCAACCUUCACAGACACCAGAAAAUCCACACAGGGGAGAAACCUUUCACUUGUACAGAAUGUGGGAAAGAAUUCUUUUGUAAGUCCAACCUUUGCAGACACUAUACAAUCCACACAGGAGACAAACCUUGUAGAGAUGUGGGAAAGAAUUCCCUGAAGUGCAUAACCUAAAUGUAAAACAUGAAACCCACACAGAGAACUUUUCCUUGAACAGUGCGGUAAAGGAUUGUCUAAAAAGAGCUGUAACACCAUAGAAUCCACACGGGGAAAAAAAAACUUAUUUUGUACACAAUGUGGUAAAACAAAUUUGGCGUUACAAUCCUUAAAGGAGAGAAACCUAUACCUGUGCUGAAUCUUGGAAGAAAAUCUUUCAAAAGGAAAAACUUGACUGUAAAAUGAUACAAUGAGAAGAUAUUUAGUAAUGAAUUAUUAAAGCAAGAGAUGGGUGGAAUAAACAGCUUCAGAGGCAGUAAUUUAAACUGCAGGUGCUUUCUUUAUUCAGCAGUGCAAACACUACACGUUUGGGGUCAGACUCCGAGCCCUUUCUCAAGUGUGGGUGGUGCAAAGGAUUUUCUUCCAAUGAUCAGUUUGAUGCUCAGUAAGCACAGAUUUACCUAAGGAGGUGGCCUGCAGGGACCCUGUAUAGAUUGGGUCUUCAUCUUAAACACUAUUAACCUGGGUUUUGUGGCAGAGUAAAAUGAAACACACGUAAAUGCUUUUAGAAAAUAAUAUGUUUAUUAUUACAAUGAUAAUGCAUACAA